UAACCGACUUCACCACACGAGGCCGUAUCGACACAAAAAUACAAUCGUAUUUUCGAUAAACCUCCCUCCCCCUCCUCUCUCGAUCCACACGAAUCGCCCGCUUUCUCGGAGAAGAUGGAAGGAACGAAAACAACUCAAAGUUCGAUUCUCCCAUUUAUCGAGUCGAAAUUAAGGAGAAUAUACGGGGCGAAGAUAAACGGGGCGAGGAAGAGAGAAAAAAAGAGAGAACGAGAGAAACAGGUACGGCCCGAAGGGGGAAAGUGGCCGGAGCGAAGAAGGGAGAGAAAGAGGCGCGUCUACCACGGUCUUCCUGUCGUUAUGCUCUCCCACGGCCGAGCCUAGUCGAAUUUUUCUCUGAUCCGCUCGUACAUCGAGAGAACAGUCGCGUCUCUGCGCCCGUGUUCGCCGCUUCGUUCGCUGCUUUUCUCCGAUCCACGAUCGACGAUCGUUGCAAUUCCGCAGGAACGAUUUUUCCGAAAUAAAUUUAAUUCCUGGGGGGAUGGCGCGCGGUCCUUUAUCUCUUGUGAUAAACCUGGCUGCUUCGAACGAAAAAAGUGGCGUGGAAGAAGCUUGUUAUUGGGAGGGGAUGAAGGGAUCGAGUUAGAUGGAGAAAGUUUGGAAGACUCGAUCGAGUUCGGUGCACACCGGUGAUCGUAGAUGCAACGAGGGGGAUGAAUUCGCGGAUCGAUCGGUUCGCGAGAGAGGAAUGCUGAGAUUGGUGGAGCGGCGUGGACGAAAGUGAAACGGGAUUGGAUGUGUUUCGAGGGAAUAAUCGUCCCAUUUUACUUAUUUUAAAGGUGAAGAAAGUGGUGGAAUAAUCGUAAUUCAAAAGAGGAAAGUGUAAAGAAGGAAAAAGUGAUAUAUUGGAGCGAAAGAGUCUCCUUUGGAGGAAAGAAAAAUGAAGGAGCGGGAUAAUAAUACGAUCAAAGAAAGCGAUGAUUAAACUGUCGAAGUGUAUUUUUUUCUCUACGAAAAAUAAAAAAGCAACAACUACUUGUGUUAUUUGCUCUCGUGCAAAACUAUUUAGAAAAGAAGAAACAUUCGAAGGUCGAUCUAAGUGAAAAAGUUGAAUAAUUGAAUUAAAAAAAAAAAGUCAGACGCAAACGUUUGAUCGACGACUCGAAUCGAGGGGGAUAAAUUUUCGUCGAUAGAAUCACCGAUAACUAUUACUUUUCAACGGAACGCCGCGCUAAUUUCGAGCAGACAGCUUCUUCGUAAUUGUUCCUCCAGAGAUUAUCCGGAUGCGAUUGCGUGCGUUGCAUCGCGCUGUAUUAUGCAACGAAAGCGACGAUUUAAUCGACCAGAGACGAGUUUACGUUGAAUCGCUCGAAGAUUACCUGAGGGAAUAGAAUUGGAUGGAGAAUAGAGUAACGAGCAACGAUAUCGAUCGCGGGCGUUAAGUAUUUAUAACCUCAAUCCCGCAUACAGACGACAAAACGUUUUCGAAUAUAAACAAAUACUCCUCGCUCGAUCGUCGCACUUAAUUCCCGGCUCUCUCCAAUUAUCGUUUAAAAGGCAUUUUUUUAAAUUCUUCCAACAUGUUUUAUUUAACCCGUGAUAAACACAAGUAAUGAACAAGUUUUCUUCAAAUAGAUGAGUAUUUAUUAAUCGCUCGCCAAGUCUCUUUCAUGUAACGAGCAAACAAAAAUAAAUAGAGUGGAUAAAUAAUCGAGAUGUACAAUAGAAGAUCGGCGAAUUGCGGUUCUUGGAAGAUCCACGCGUGCAGCACGAGGAUCAUAGGCUGAGUGCACGAGUCGAGCUUUUCUCAAGAGGGGAAUCGAGAUUCGAAGUGAGUGUAGGAACUCGUGAUCUAUCGCGAUCUCUACUCACGUUGCGAUUCGUUCGAUUUUCCCCAUUUUGGCCGAACGAGUUCGACGUUUUGAUAAUACGGCAAAUAACGGCAAGAUAGUGGCCAUUGUGCGGUGUCAGUUUCGUGAUUCUUCUUCGUCCACCGUCGAGGGAAGAAAUUCAAACCUUCUACUAUCUCGUUUCGAGAUCCAAGUAAGAAGUCCAAGUUUAUUUCGAAACAGUCGAAGCUGCGGAUUAUUCACGAUGACGGCCCCGACGAGAAAUUUUACGAUCGUUUUAUCCUUGCUCGCGAUAUCAUCGUUGAUCAUCGAUGCUUCUUAUGCGUUCAACAAAUGCUGUCCCCCCGGUGAAGUUUUCACGGGGACGUUGAAGGUGAAUUGUGCUCCCGCACCUCCCAACGUCGAACUGUUCUUCGUCAACGAUAAUGGAAACGGAUAUCCUAUUUGCGAGAAACCCGAGUACAUCGCCACGACUCCACUCGACCAGCUCAACUCUAUGAAUUUUUUCGUGCAGAACACGUCCUGUAUCGAAAUUCUUCACGAACAAUUCACACCUCAGAACGUGCCGAUACUCGUGCAUUGUAAAUCGAACGAGGACAGGAACGAGAAGGAGCAACUCGUUUCCUUGCAAUCCUUGUUGAAAUCUCGAUUAAAUGUUAGAAGAUGUUGCUCGAACAACCAAGUUUUUAACGUGAUGACAGGAAACUGUGAAUCGUCUGUGAACGUUAACGAAGAUGAUUUUUUAACGUUUUUUAACUUUAUUGUGAAGGAAAAGCUGCAGUCCCAGAAUGUAGAGAUAAUUUCGAUCAGUAAAGACUUUUUUGAAUGCCCAAAUUCGACCGCCAUGUUCACUUAUGAAAUCGAUGCAGAGGACGUCGUCAUCCUCGAUGAAUCUUUAAUGGUGAAGGUGAAAAACCCGUGGAAAAACCAAAUCGUGGAGAAUUUCACGAUCACAGAGUGGGACUCGUGCCUCGAGGUGACGCCAGAUUUCCGGUCGAAGCAGCGCAUAGUCGUUCGUGUUUGCAGGGACGAAAAAUUGUGUCGGGACGGCAACUGUGUGAAAAAGUGUUCAAAAAAGGAUAAACCUAGGUUCGCGUGCCAGCCAGACACGAAUUUCAGUUACGAAUCGAAUUUGACUUUCUACGAGAAGAUUUCGAAUAUCACUGGGACACCUCGAAGCGUCACAGAAUAUGGGGUGAUGUUCGGAUAUAUGAAAUGUCCGAAAGGAAACUAUUUGGAAUUCAUGGAAAACACGUACGGGAUUACAUCGGAUGGACGCUUGAAGCUAUUGUCUGACAAAUUGUUGCCGCAAGACAUUUACUGCCUGGAUAUGUUCGUCGAAGAACAGAACGGCAUUUGUGAGGAAAAUUUGUACGCCUUAAUCUGCUUCCCCGAAAACAUUGAAGAAAACAUCAGAAUUAUAAUCAUGAGUAUUUUGGAAGGCAUCAGUUUCAUUUUCUUACUAUUAACUCUGGUCGUUUACGUUUGUCUGCCUGUGCUUCAAAAUCUGCAUGGAAAAACUCUCAUGUCCCACGCGGCGAGUCUCAUGGUGGGAUACUUUUGGCUUUGUAUAUUACCUUGGGUGAAGGAUAUUCAACAGAAUAAUAGGGUAUUUUGCUCUGCAUCAGGAUUCUUGGUGCUCUUCUCUUUCCUGUCAGCUUUUUCCUGGUUGAACGUCAUGUGCUUCGAUAUAUGGCGAACAUUCGGGAGGUUGCAGGGUAAUUUCACCAGAGAUCGAAAUCACGGCAAGAGGUUUCUAUCGUAUUGUCUAUACGCGUGGGGUCUGCCAAUGUUCAUCACGAUUUUUGCCAUCCUGGACGAUCAGAUUUUAAUUCUGCCAGAUAUCCUCCGUCCUCAUUUUGACGACUUCUGUUGGUUCAGAGGGCACGGGGAAAUUUUUUACUUCAGAGAUGUGACUGGCAUCCAGCUUGUAAUUAACAUGAUAUUCUUCAUCCUGACGGCGAAACAGUGCAACAAGGUGAAAGAAGAGUUAAAAAAGGUUACCACCGACCAAUCGGAUCCAAGGAACAAACAAUUUCUGGCCAACAAAUCUAAAUUCAUCAUGAACGUGAAGCUGUUCAUCGUGAUGGGUAUAUCCUGGAUGGGAGAGAUCGUCUCGGCCCUGACCGAAAAUUACGCCCCCUUCAAACACCACAAGCGAUUUUUCUACCCGAUGGACAUAUUAAAUUGUCUGCAAGGCUUGUUGAUAUUUAUCCUGUUCGUGGUUAAACGUCGGGUUCAUCAGGCGUUGAAGAAACGGCUCUUCGACGAGAAGAAAAAGUUUGACAGAGUUACCCCCUCCCUUCAAGAUCCGUUCAAAAUGAGGAAAAGCGUGAGUAACAGCACGUUAACGUCCACGUUCGCGGUUAGCUCGAUACCUUGAUCGUCGUACAAAUUCUAUUUAUUAAGUUCUGAUCCAAAGAAAUAUAUAUUUUUUAUAGUAUAGUUUUUUUUUUACACAGACCUAUUAUAUACAUUUUUACAUUGUACGCAAAGCUUUGCUUCUCACGAUACAUGGUAACUUUAUUUAUAUCUUGGGUGUAUAGAAUAGCGGAAAUCAGAUUGAUGUAUUGCGAAUGUUUAUGUAAAUUUGUUAUUUUAGGAUAGAUAUUGAAAAAGAUGGAGAUUUUUAGAUAGAAUUAUAUAUUUCGCAUGAUUCGAAGGAUGCAUAAAUAUUUUUAACAUCUAGUCAUACGCGUGUCAUAUUUUUCUUGAAAUUUUCCAAAUGUCAAAGAGGAGUAAUUUUUCAAGUUCUAUCCUUUUUUUCUUUCUUUCUUUCUUUCUUUCUUAGAUCCAAUUUGAAUUUUCGUUAAUCUUCAUUCACUUAGGAUCACUUUUCGUUUUUCCUUCUUCUCAAAAAAUAUUCUCGAAAAUUCUAUUUUACUGCCACGUUACUCGACGUUACGAUCUUCCGCUUUUUUUUUCUUUUUUUUGUACAAAUCGAGAGUACAAAAGUGGGAGAAGCUGGAAAAAGCUUUUUCUCUCUCUAUGUUCCGAUCGAAACCUCAGGGAAUGAAAAGGAUAUUGUACAUUUAUUUCUUUAAUUUAGUAUAAAUAUAUUGUACUCGUUUAUCUUAUAUAUCGUAUAAAAUUAUUGCACAAGUUUUAUAUAACGAUGUUUAUUAUUUUCUAUAUUUGAAUAUAUAGCUUAUACAGCAGACUCGUUCCUUGCCUGCAUACGAUAAAUUUAUAAUCAAACAAAUUAUUACGUGUUGUUAACCACCGAGCUUUAAAUAUCUGUAUCUGUUAAAUUUAUUAUGUUCAAAUGACGAAUAAUAUUAAAAAAAAAAAAAAGAAAAGAAAAA